AGUAGUUAGUAAAGCGCUUAGAGAAGCAAACAUAAGAGACAAAAUUUUUUAUCAGCUUUAAUAAAAAUGCAGUAUUACUGCAUCCAUUAGAGAUGGCUUGGCAACCAUAUUAUGCUACAAUUUUUAUGGAAGAAAUUAAUCCAGAAAGAAUGUUUAAUAUUAUUUUAGUAAUGGGUCCGCCUGGUGUGGGUAAAACAACAUUAUUGCGAAAGAUAUUUGAAGAAGUACGUCUGAUUUACAGUUGUCAGGGAUUCUUUACUGAGGAAGUACGGAAUGAACAUGUACGUGUUGGUUUUGAUGUUGUGACCAUAUCUGGCCAGCGAUGCGUAUUAGCGAGGGAGCGUUCCGAACAGAGCAAACAGAUGCCAAAAGUGGGAAAGUAUUCUAUUUACAUAAACGAUUUCGAAAAGCUUGUACUUCCUUUGAUUGCAUGUGCAAAUUUCAAAUAUGAACUUCUGGUCAUUGAUGAAAUUGGAAAAAUGGAAUUGAAGAGCAAAAAAUUUGAAAGUACUUUAUAUGAACUAAUUCAUAAAAUGCCCAUUUUGGCUACUAUACCAUGCGCACUUAUCAAACAAAGUAAACUUAUUGAAAGUUUAAAAAAGGCGGCUAAAUCCAAGAUAUACGAAAUAAAUAAAAAUAAUCGUGAUACAAUACAGAAAGAAAUCGUGAAAUGUAUCAAUGCUGUGUUAAAAAAGAAUUAAGAAAAUGUUUUAUUUCUUCUUAAAUACAGUA